AUGGGAUAUCCGUCUUCCACUACUAUAUAUAUAGUUGCUGGUGAAAUCGAUGGAGGCAAGAGUAUGAAUGCUUUCCGUGAACAGUACCCAAAUGUCUUCUCUCGUUCAACUCAUGCGACUGAAGGAGAGUUAGAGCCCUUCAGGGAAUACCAGAAAGGACUUGCUACGCGGUCAGUAAAACCCACGAGAUUAAAAGCCCAUUAG